AUGGACAUUGAUUCGAAGAUUAAAGCUUAUCGCUUUGUCGGCUAUGCGGCUGUCACCUUCUCGGCUGUUGCCGUUCUCUCCGUUUGCAUCACCUUGCCAAUGGUGUACAACUAUGUGCACCACGUGCGCCGUCAAAUGCACAUGGAACUCAACCAAUGCAAGGGAUCCGCCAAGGAUGUGUGGAACUCAGUCUACUCAUUGAAAGACCUCCCCGUUCACUCAAACAGAACAGCCCGUCAGGCUCAUGAUGAUCAGUGCUCGGGAUGCUGUCUUCCAGGACCCGCUGGACCACAAGGAGCUCCCGGAAAACCCGGAAAGCCUGGAAAGCCCGGAGCUCCCGGACUUCCCGGAAACCCUGGACGCCCACCACAGCAACCAUGUGAGCCUGUCACUCCACCACCAUGCAAACCAUGCCCACAAGGACCACCCGGACCUCCCGGACCACCAGGACCCCCAGGAGACAACGGAUCCCCAGGAGAGCCCGGAGACAAGGGACCCGAUGCCAGCCCCGGACCCCCUGGACCUAAGGGACCACCCGGACCACCUGGACCACCAGGAAACCCUGGAGCCCCUGGACAACCUGGAGAGCCAGCCAAGGCCGAGCCUGUCAUCCCUGGACCCCCUGGACCACAAGGACCACCUGGAUCCCAAGGACCCCAAGGACCACCCGGACAAAAUGGAGCCGACGGAAAGCCCGGAGAGCCCGGAACAAAGGGACCACCCGGACCCGACGGAGAGCCAGGACAAGACGGAAACCCAGGAGCCCCCGGACACCCAGGACAGCCUGGACAACCCGGAGAGAAGGGAAUCUGUCCCAAAUAUUGCGCCAUCGAUGGAGGAGUCUUCUUCGAGGAUGGAACUCGCCGU